AUGGAGUUAGAACUGCUGGGCGAUGGCAGCAGUGGCAGUGGUAAUGGCAGGGGUGGUAGUGGCAGGGGCGGCAACGGCGAGGGCGGCAGCGGUGGCACCAGCAGCGGCGGCACCAGCAGCGGCGGCACCAGCAGCGGCGGCACCAGCAUCGGUGGCACCAGCAGGGGUGGCACCAGCAAGGGUGGCACCGGCAAGGGUGGCACCGGCAGGGGUGGCACCAGCAAGGGUGGCACCGACAGGGGCGAAAAGAGCGAGAAAGAGAGGACUAGGAGAAUACACUUUUGUCUUCAAUUUUACCAGUUUAAAAUUUUCAAAUUAUCAAAUAAAUUGCUUGUUGUAGUAGACGAAAAUACUUUAAGAAGAAGUUCGGCAACAGGGGCGGACGAGGAAACAGAGGUGGCAGUGGUGGAGGAAACAUGGGUGCUGGAAUACACUACUACGGAAAUGCAACCAUUAAUUAUUAUUAUUAUUAUGGUUUAUAAUAUAAUCUUUAAAUAA